AUGAGGCACGCGGGAGGCGUGGUUUGGAGAGUGAGGUUCCCUUUCUCGUCGUUGACAAUCCAUGGGAUGAAUAGCUGGUCUCCAAGUUCUGAACUCAAUGAUUUAGGAGAUUCCGAGUUCGGAGAAGGGGUUUGUCGUAAUUUGGAUUCCGAUUUGAGUUUGGGUUUUGACAGGGCAAAUUUGAUUGUAAAUUCUGUGGCGGUCGAGAAAGAAGAGCAUGUAAUGAGGGUGCGGAGGAGGCAGUGCGCGAUGUGGGACAGGAAAGUGGGCCUAGAAAGGCGGAGGGUGGUGAAAACACAGGUAGCCGCCGCCAUCUGCGGUGGUGAUCCCGUUGAGUGUUGA